AUGUUAGUCUGCAGUAGUAAGGCACAGGUUCAUAUUCUUGACAGAACCGGCAAAUCAUGGGCCGAGACCAUCCGAGGUGAUCAGUAUCUAGUCGAUGUCAACUAUACAAAAGGUCACACAGCAUCAAUCAACUGUUGUCAGUUCAAUCCCUUUCACAAGGAGGAAUUCAUGACAUGUGCUGAUGACGGAACUAUCCGAUUAUGGAGUAUGCGGGAUUACAAAGUCAUGACAAAAACUAUAAACACGCAUAAGAAGGUCAUCAAAACCAAGACUGCAAAUGGCAAAAGAGCGAUGCCACAAUCAUGCCGCUAUUCCGUGGAUGGAAAGUUGAUUGCAGCUGGGUGUGACGAUGGUUCGAUACAAGUUUGGAAAUAUGGAAAUCUAUAUGUAAGUACUCGACCUGUUGAUUUGUUUUCUUUUCUCUGACU